AGCGAGCAAACUCAAAAGUAGUAAGUUCUCCUCGUUUCAAUCGAAAUCGAAUCGAAAUCGAUUUCGACGUGGCAAGAGAUGAGUAUGAGAAAAUAUCUUUGGUUUUCUUGUUCUAGAAAAAGUAGCGUGUCGAGGUCGAUUCAUAAUUUUUAUGGUCAAUGUCGAAUUCAAUCUUGAGUCGAUGUUUGACGUGAUGACUUAUAUCUUUUUCGCUUAAUAUAAACUAGUGGUCUUAGAAGAAGACAAAGCCCCUGGUAUCUGAGCUUUAGACCCAUUUGGACUCUGUUUUGAUCAUCAUUUUACCUCCAUUUCAUGAGUGCGAUUAGUGUGGUUUAUUAGAACAGAUACAGAAAGAAGAAUAACAAUGAGCGGUCUCGGUGAUGACAGUCCCGGCCGGCUGCCUCGGGGCGGCGGUCGAUUCGUAAGCACGGAUCCAAAUCACCCAGAUGCGAAUUUCGCAGAUGCGCGAGACUUAGGAAACCAAAUUGCGGAAGGCAUGCUAAGGGAUGAUAAGUUUUCAACUAGCCACUUCCUUGAUUUAUGAACAUUGUAGAUGUAUUCACCUUUUCGUCUACUUGUAAAUUUCUCGAUCUUGAAGAAGUACUAGAAAUACUUUCAAAUUGCCGUCGUUGAAGAUGAAGAGAUAGCUGCAGUAUAUGGAGAUGAAAUAAAGAUUGAGUGGGGGCGGUUGUAACAGGAAAUUGAUCGACUUGAUUGAACCUCCACUCAGUUCCUCCGAAUCUGGUCGAUCACGGAAGCGCGGCGCGGGUGAUUCGCCAUCAUCUGGGUCUGCACAACCCAAGAGAGCUAGAAGCUCUUCAUCUUCACAAGGAACGCCACCAAGUGGAGCCGGCUUCUUUGAGGGUAUAAACUUCGCUUCUAGUAGUUCUACUACUUGGCUACGAUUAUUCUCAAGUAACGUCGAAAAGUCAAUCAGCCAGGACCAGGUUAUGGCCACGCUUGAACUACAAGUGAAAUAGGGAAAAUCAAUAUUAAAUCAAAAGCAUAGAAUAAACAGGAGCGUACGCAGGGUCAGGGAUAGGGAUGCCAGGAAGGGAUGGUCGAAGUGGCGGCAGCAAUUCUUCUCCGCAUAGUUCUGAGGGCAAGAACAGAUUUCAACCACAUACGCCUGGAUCCAUAAGCAGCAUGGAGAAGCUACGAAAAGAUGGCGCCUCCAACUCAUCAGCAAGUACGCCCUUUGGUCUUCCAACGCAUGGUUCAGCCGGCAGCAAGGACGCUCGGGAAAUCAAUCAAUACAUCAAAGACCAAGCAGGCGGUGGCGGGCUCAAGAUGCUUGGUCCAAACCCACCAAAGUCAAAAAUGGCCGCAAACUAUUUGGAGGGCCGUUUAAUGAUGCCAGGUUCUUCUAGUUCUAGUCUACUGAUCACUGCCAAAGAUAUUUUUUUGCUCAAGGCUAAUGCUAUACCUCCUAGCCAUACUCUCCGAUCCUUGGGAAUCAAUCAAAUUUUGAAGACAAGCCGCCAGGACAGAAUGAAAUGAUCAAGUAGAGCAGAUACAAGACUUCAUUCAACUAGAGUUGUGAUUCUUCAUCAUAAUUUACAUCAAUACCGGCAAUCUCAUAGUACUACAACUACAAUUUUUAAGGAGGUCAACAUCUUUCAUCUUCUCCAUAAGAACGUUUUCUCAUCUCCAGGAACACCAUUUACGCCACAGCUCUUCAGUAGUGCUAUGAAUGUCCGUUUUCCAAAUUCGGGAUUUGCAGACGCAAAAGUCGUUACGGCUUACCCAGCAGGGCAGGGUGGUCCUCGGGUACUUAUCUAUACUUGCUUCUUCUAUCGAAGUCGAACUGAAUACUCAGAUGCACCGUUGUAGAACACUUUUUCCACGUCCACCGAGGGGAGUAAGAAGCCGACCAUAGUAAUGUUGAUUUUCUGUACUGGGUCUAGGUAUCAUCAACAUCUUUCAUCUUCAUUCUUCGGCGAGUGCACUAUCUUCAAAGGAACAAAUACGAGAACAAGUCUUCUAAAAUGAAUGCACCUGCUACAACCAUCAUCUAUCUCCAGUUCGCAACACUUGUUGAGCCCGAGGCGCCAAGCCCAAGCGCUAUGCAGAACAAGAUCAACCUACCACAAGUUCUGUGGAAGACAUCUGAUGCGUAUUCAUCAAUAAUAUUUUGGACUAGCGGUGAAGUGCAGAGGACAGCCCAACCCGUGUACUCCGAAGUAUACGGGUUUGCAUACCGAAUGACAAUUCUCGCAACGUACGGAAAAUUAUUGAAAAAACGUUACAUCGCACAGCGCAUCACUCUGCCGUCAAACGCGCAAGGCGAAUACGAGACUGAGGUAAUGAUCGUUUAAUAUACGAUAGACACCGCCACAAGAUGUUCUACUUAAUAGAUGAUUAGAAUUAGAAUUACUAUUUUUUCCCAUAUCCAUGGCCAUGAUGAUUUUAGGAUUAGCGUGGUUGCUCAAACGGUCGCUUCUCUUUGUGUCUCCAAACAAAUCACGACAAAUCAUGAAUUCGCAUUCGGAAUUGAUGUAGAAUUUUUUUCCUCCCGCUCCCCGACUCAGCUGCAUAUCAAGGAGGACAGCUUUGACAAAAAGAAGAAUUGGGUACCAGGGAUGUGCGAUCCAGACACCGGGUUGGAGAUUACCCAAGAACAAUGGGGCAUCAUGAGGAAAUAUCUCGUGGAAUUUGAGAAUGAGAACAAUCUCUAUCGCGCAGGCUCGCAUCCGUUGCAAGCGGGGCAAGCGAGACGACCGGGCUUCUACGCGCAGCAGGAUGACAUGGACGACUACGAUGUGCAGCCAAUCAUCACCGAAAACCUCUGCAAGGUAACUAAUCAUGUUUCCGUUGAUUAGCGAGUCCCAAAGGCAAACUGAUUUUCAUGGUCAUGUUGUAGCUGUCAGGUAACAAACUUUUCUCGUCUUGCUCUUUUUUUUCUCAUAACGAUGAAUAAAGUGAAUUGUCCUCGACGCGACAACUUUCCAGCUUUUUAUUUUUCAUCAUUCUUCGAAAAUUACGUUCGUCUUGUUCUUCAUCUCGUCCAUCAGGGCGCUAUCCGCCGCCUUGCUCGUCGUGGGGGUAUUCGACGGAUCAGCAACAAAGUGUACCACGAGGCGCGUAUCAGCUUCCAAAACUGGCUUGAGAAGACAGUCGAGACCGUGUUUGUGUUGACAACGCAUCAGGGUCGGCAGACUGUGCGAACUAUCGACGUCGUGCGCGCACUAAAGAUGCAGGGACGAACUAUCUACGGCUAUGGAAUGGCAAACCGCUAAAUAUUACAUAGUGGAUACGCACGGACGUGGUUGGUACGUCGAGUCAGCAAUGUGGGAAGAAUAAUGACAGAGCCACAAAUUCCUGAUGUAAUGUUGAGGUUAAGGUUUAAGUUAUACAAAAUAUGUCAACGUUGUCACGACGUGAAGAUCGUUCUUCUUACGCUUGGAUUGAUCAUGAUAAAAUGACUUUCUUCUAGUUGUACUUAUCGAUCCUUCAUCUCCAUAUUGAUGGGAGAUUAGCAGAGGACAAGUCGCGCAGGGCUGUCUGGCCGUGAGUACCUAUUAUUUCUACUAUCAAUCGCCAAUAAUUAUUGCCUCUAUGAUAAUCUUUCUUCUUCAAAGAGACAGAUAGUACACUAUUAUGUAGCUGUUGGUGUUGCAGAUAGCCUCUAUGAAACAACCUUAGAUUGAUUGCAAACGCAACGUUGAGUCAUACUCCCAUCUACAUCAAAUGAGCGCCGCCGAAUUUUGGGCUUCCUCCUGAAAAGUGUCGGUAUGCAAAACAUGAAGACGAAGUAUGGCGCUGAACACUCUACAUCUACUAAUAUCUAAGUAAUACAGCAGCACAAAGCUUCCUCACAAACACAAUACAAGUAAUAUGAAAAUGCACCCAUUGACUGUAAUUGCAUUCAUCACACGUCGGCUUUCGUCACGGAAGGCAGAAUUGAAACUCUUUGACAACAGUAUUUACGCCAGUGAAGAAAAUCAAAAACCUCUUUCUAUUAAUGCACUGGCAGACCGAAUAUUCAGUUUGUCUCUCUUCACACAUUCAUUCGUUAAUUAAAGUUGAAUCACUCGUCGUACUCGAUAAAAAUCAUUAUAGCAUACUUUGACCUUUCUCGUCGUAGAUUUCAUAACUAAAAGAAAACUUGUUGAACUUGAUCUAGUACAUGCUGACUCACUUCAUCUCUCUGAGGAGCGGUGGCGCUUUUUGUGUCAUAAAAAGGUACAAAUUGAACCGCAAUGGCAUCUGGUUGUCUGACGGCGACAUUCGAUGUCCUAUUUGAAGCCGAGAUAUGUGUCGAGCCAUCUCGUCUCGAAUACGCGCAUUGCUGUGUCACACGUAUAAACAUCGUUUAUUCUACAAUUAAACGGAGAAAAAUGACACAGGCUAGAACUCGACCUAAUUAAGUAGGUGCAUUUUUGAUAUCAUUCUGCGUUGUCUUCGCAACAAGACAACGACCUCAAACAUUGAUCGUAGUAUCUAUGUGCAAGUAUUUUCCCCGCUCCCGUCCCUUUCAACCAUCGCGAUCGGUAAACGAUGUCCAAGAAACUACAGGUUGUCGAAACAAGUGUAAAAUUGGCAGUGUAAGCUGCGCCACAGCUGCACAGUCACAAAGAAGAUCAACUCAUCUAUAGAGAAAACGCAACAAGUCGAAAUCAUACUUCCAGCGGCAGUGAAAAGAUAUUAGAAUCAAGAGGCAGUGGAAGAUGAACAAGCAGAAGGUUUUUCCAGCAGCGUCAAUGCAAAAGCGAAGACGG